AUGCUGUCUAAGGGCCCUCUGCAGUCUGUGCAGGUCUUCGGAUGCAAGAAGACGUCCACAGCCAUGGCGCACUGCAAACGGGGCAACGGCCUUAUCAAGGUGAAUGGACGGCAGCUGGAAAUGAUCGAGCCCCACACGCUGCAAUAUAAGCUACUGGAACCUGUUCUGCUUCUGGGCAAGGAGCGGUUUGCUGUUGUGGACAUCCGUGUCCGUGUAAAGGGUGGUGGUCACGUGGCCCAGAUUUAUGCUAUCCACCAGUCCAUCUCCAAAGCCCUGGUGGCCUAUUACCAGAAAUAUGUGGAUGAGGCUUCCAAGAAGGAGAUCAAAGACAUCCUCAUCCAGUAUGACCAGACCCUGCUGGUAGCUGACCCCCGCCGCUGCGAAUCCAAAAAGUUUGGAGGCCCUGGUGCCCAUGCUCGCUACCAGAAAUCCUAUCGAUAAGCCCAUUGCAAGGACUGGAGUUCAUCUUUAUAAUAAACAAUGGCUGUGGGGUUUUAAGAUUUAA